CCGAUUUGAAUGUGCCAUCCAUAUACCACAUUUAUGAGCGGGGAUGUUAUGGUCCUUAGUAUGCGGGUAACGAGAUCGCAGGACUCCGUAAGCACUUUCCAGGAUGCAUGUGAACCCUGCAUAGGAUUAAAAUUAAUACUUAAUUUUAGUUUAGAAAAGUUCAAAUCAUCGUUGAACGUCUCACAGGGAGCCGCCAUAUUUGAUCGAACUACAUUAUGUUACGAACUUCGCCCUAACCGCGUCACCAAAUACAUGAAAAUUUGCUGUAUUCCUACAACUUGUGUCCGAGCCUACAUCUAGCGUAGCGGAAUGUGACGAGGUGUUCCGAUUGGGGCAACCGUGACCUUGGUGUACGGAGAUAGGAUUACGAAGAAGGGAAGGUGGAGGAAGAGGAGACGUGCGCCAGCGGCGCAGGGGGGGGGGGGGGGGGGCAAACCCGGCGGCUAAACCACCGGCAGCGGCUCCUUCUGUUAGACCGCCCAACGCCGCUCACCCGAGCAAGAAGACGAAGAUGGAAGUGGCUUCGGCCUCAACUGUUGCGGCUUCUUCAACGACGGAACAGGAGGUGUUGAACGCGUUUGACACAGCCAUCUGUGACUCGCCGUACAACCGACCACCUGCACCGGCCCCUACUUCAGCGUUUCCGGCUGUGUCGCCGAUUAUACAGGCGACACCCGUUGAGACGCAGGCCCGGAAGACGGCAGUUGUCAAGAGAAAGGCGACCACUCCUCCCGAGUGACACUCCGGUCAAGCCAUCUCGCCCGUCACAACCGCCGAAACCCAACUUAGAACCAGUGGAGCAGUGGUCACUGCAGGCCGGACGACUCCAACAGCGUUACCACCAACUGGUCAAGAACAACCUUGAGGACGUACGACAGCUCAUCAGCACCCCCAAACAUCAGGCAUACCAACCGUUGCCAGCCAGCCGUGAUGAAGGGGACUUCGCGGUCCAUCGAGUCAGGCUGCAGGAGGGACAAAACGCAGUUUGCGUUACCAUCCGCCGGACCGGAAGAUACCACCAAGGGCUGCUACUCCCGGAGAUGGACAACCCGACACUACAUCGCGUCCUGAAAACCAUCAUGGGGAAAGAUUACCGUUCCAUCACCAAGAGUUUAGCAGCCUCCGCCUACCGGCAGUACCUCCCGCAGCUAGACACCAGCGACUUCAUCGGAACACCAUAGGCGCCAAUCUUUGCUAGGACAGCACGCACUAGACGUCAGGAAGUGUUAAAGAUGCAACGUUUAAGAAAACGCUACGUGUCCAUCUUGAAAACAAUCGAGCCAAGACUAAUAACGCCAUACAUGUUUGAAAGAGAAGCAAUAACAUUUAUAGAGAUGAAAGCAGUAAACAGAAAGAAAGGACGUCGUAAGAGAGCUCGAAUUCUUCUUGAACUGAUGUUCGAGCGCGGUAUCGAGCAUGUGCCAUUUGACCGUGUGUUCGUGUAUAGCGCCUUUGUGUCGUCCCUCGAGUCAUGUGGGAAUAAAACACUGGUAGAUACAAUACAGAAUACGGAGAUAGACGAAGCUUUUGAUCUUGGUUUAGGUGACAAUAAGAUUAUCUCCGGAACGGUUUUACGGAACGAUGAGCUAGAAAGUAAAGGUGGGAUGCUGUAUAGAUUUCUUGAAUUUAGACACAGACGAUGGGGCGUAAUUGAAGCUACAGCUUUCUAUAGAGCUAUGCAAUUAGCAGAAUCUUUGAUAGUGGGGAAUACCUACACAAUAAGCGAUGUGCGUGUAAAGGAAAUCCCCGAAGGUUAUAAGUCCACAGACGGCACUGGUGUGGAUUUUGAAGUAGUUUUAACAAACUCUUCGUAUGUAUUAAAUGAAAUCCCUUGUGAAGAUGAUUAUGACAGUGGAAUAGAAUAUUACACUAUUCCGGUCAUUAAGCAAAUGACAGAUGACUCGAAUGUGAAUCUCAUAGCUAGGGUCAAAGCUCUAGAAUUACCAUUUUUAACACCAAAACAACACCUCAGGUGUCAGGAAAUCACCCUGUCUGACAGCAGUAGCGAACAACUGAAAAUGGCCGUCUUUAAAAAAAAUAUUAAUAAAUUUGAAGUCGGUCAGAUAAUAAAAAUAAUCAAAGCAAAAGUGGAAAAAUUCACCGGUGAGGUGUCUUUGAAAACGUCAUCAAAAACGGACAUUAGCGUUUCAGAUUCACCCGUAACAGAAGACGUUCGCAAGCCUGUUCUUGAAACCGACAGUGACGACGUCGUGCGAUGUCAAGCUGUCAUUUGCCGCGUUCAAAACGACUGCCGCAGACGUCCUUUCUGCAAAACACACGGAUAUGGUGAUUGUUUGGAAGAACUUCCAAAUGGCAAACACAUUUGUACAGAAUGUAAGGAACUAUCCCAAAGCCAUCCAAAUGGCUUCUCAAUUGUUUUGAAACUCCGAGAGUCAUCAUCAGGUGAGACAUUUGAAGCUUUGGGCUUCAAUAAACUGGGCAAGAAACUGUUUAAUACGAACUAUGAGGCUUUUACCAUGUACGAACCAUGGAAACAACAGCUGUUAUUAGAAUCCGUGGUUGGAGAUGAAUAUAUCUUCUCUUACAAAACGAAAAUGAAAAAAAGGGAGGUUAUCGACAUUGCUCAAAUAGAGCGUCCUUCAGAAGACCAACCAAGGGUGUAUGAUUCGAGCAAAGUAAAGAAAGAGCUCGUUUCAAAAAAGCGAAAAUUAAAGAAUGCUCAUUCAGAUAAGGCUUGCCAUUCAAGUGCUAAGCAAAACCGCCCGGGAAGUAGUGUAUAACUUUAUACGUUGAAAUCUUUUGUGUUGUAGUUGCCAAGUUCAGCCUAAAACACCAAUGACCUACCUAAUGGCUUGAUGCUAUUAAGUGAUAUGACUUUGUUCCCUAAUACCUAUAGUGGGGCUAUACUUGUAAGAGACAAUACUGUGUUGCUAUUUUUUUUUCUCCUGUAGUGGUUUCGUUCAACAAUACGAGUAGGCCUAGUUGGACUAUACUUGUAAGGGCCAUAAUACUGUGUUAUAUUUUUCUCGUGCAGUUCUUUUGUGCACCAAUACGAGUAGUUGAGCUACUCUUGUCAGGGAAAUAAUGCUGAAAGGUUGGGCUGUACAGUAAGGAUUUGGUAAUGUGUUACGUUACCAGUGGCGUAUUUUAUAAAUAAUAUUUACAUUACAGACGCAGACCCUAGUUUCAGCCCGUAAAGAUGGACACUAACUGUACUUAAUGUACAAACCUGCAACAUAUUUGGAUACGGUUAUAAUAGAGAUGCCACUGUAAAUAUUGAUAGAAAAUGUGCGUGAUCGUCUGGGUUUUGGGUUUGUUUGGGGUUUUUGUUCGGGUUUUUUUUAAUCUUUUUUCUUUU